GGGUAGGACAUCAGAGUUGUUGAAGGGGUUUAAGAGGUGUUGAGAGGGCAAAACGUAUUUUAACCCAAUUCUUGCAUGUCCCUCUAGCCCUAGCUUUGCCCCCAAAUUUUACCAUUACUAUUCAAAGGUCGAUUUCGAUCUGGAACCCCCACCAUGGCCAUGGCCACCCCCACCGCCACCGCCGACGACCCGCCGCCUCUUUCCCCUCCUCGUCCUCCCUGGCCUCCGGAACUCCAGUUAAAUCAUUCCAAAAAGCCUAUCUUGAUCCGUUCAGUCUGGUCCAGCAACCUGGAGUACGAAUUCUCCCUCAUCCGCCACCUCAUAGAUCACUACUCGUUUGUUUCCAUGGACACCGAGUUCCCUGGUGUCGUCAUCCGUCACCAGCACCCCUACUCCGACCCCCGUGAACACUACCAAACACUCAAAUCUAAUGUAGACGCUCUCAAGCUCAUUCAAGUGGGGAUCACGCUCUCUGACUCGUUUGGGAACCUUCCGGACCUUGGAUACUCCGACCACUGUUUCAUCUGGGAGUUCAAUUUUCGAGAUUUUGACAUAUCUCGUGAUGAUCACUCGCCCAAUUCCAUUGACCUCCUCCGCCACCAGGGCAUCAACUUUGAGUCCACUCGCCAGUUUGGUGUUUCCACCUCUCAAUUCGCUGAGCUCAUGAUGUCCUCCGGUCUAUUGUGCAACGAGAAUGUUACUUAUAUCACCUUCCAUAGCGGGUAUGACUUUGGCUAUCUCAUCAAGGCCAUUACUGGGCAAGCCCUCCCGGCCACCCUCCCUGAGUUUCUGAAUUUGCUGAGGGUCAUCUUUGGAAACCGCGUUUAUGAUGUCAAACAUUUGAUGAAAUUCUGUCGGGGACUGCAUGGCGGGUUGGAUAGGGUGGCACAGUCUCUUGGCGUGGAACGCGCUGUAGGGAAGUGCCACCAGGCUGGGUCUGAUAGCCUGCUCACUUGGCAUGCUUUUGAGAAGAUUAGAGCAGUCUACUUCGGCAAUGGUGAGGAGGGACUGCCAGACAAGUAUGCUGGAGUUCUCUAUGGGUUUGUAUACCACUAUGAUAGAUUUGAUCUCCUGGGUGCAGAAGAUUUCUAUCCAUUGUGGUUAUGCAGGUAAUUUUGGCGCUUGAUGCUGCUUGUCUCAAGAACAUUUACUUCUUCCUGAACUUGACAAACGAGAGUAAGUUGGGUCGAUUUUCAGGCUGCCAUCAAAUUUAAGGCGAUUCAUGGAUAAGUUUUUGGUGGGGAACCAUUAUCACUUUCCUGGGAUCAAAUCAGAGCACCAAAUGCUGGGAUGACUCGGAUAGAGAACGACCAUCCUCGGCAACAUCUCAUUUAGGAUGGUCCCUUGUCUUUUAAGGUACGAAGAAAACAAUCCAAUAUCUGUCAUACACUAUACAUGAUGUAUAUUUGGGGGAUGAAUGGACCCUACCCAAUACAUCCUAAGCUACGAUCCAGGAAAAUAUUUGGUUACCCUUUGUGUUUUAGGACAAAUUCAUGUGUAUGAGAUAAGUUGUUUUAUG